CCACCCGAAUUCACCGAGCAGCCGGACGAGCAGCUUGUGGUGCUUCCCAACGAUGACAUCGUUCUGAAAUGCGAGGCAACCGGGAACCCCCCUGUGAUGUUCCGGUGGACCAAGGACGGGAAAGAGUUCGACCCCGAGAAGGAUGCGGGGGUGACUCAGGAGGACGGUUCGGGGUCUGUGGUGAUCACGACAACAAGCAACGGGAAUGCGGUGACUAAGUACCAGGGCAUCUAUCGGUGUUACGCCAGCAACCCCCUGGGCACCGCCAUGAGCACGGAGAGCCGCAUCGUGGCUGAGAAUCCUCCCCAGUGGCCUAAGGAGAUCGUGGCCCCCGUGGAAGUGGAGGAAGGGGACUCGGCGGUCUUACCCUGCAACCCGCCCACCAGCGCUCUUUCCGCCAGAAUCUACUGGCUAAAUAGCCAGAUUCUCCACAUCAAGCAGAACGAACGCGUCACCAUGGGCCAUGACGGGAACCUGCAUUUCGCCAACGUCCUGUUCUCCGACAGCCAUCCGGACUACAUCUGCAAUUCCCACUUCCUCAGCCCCCGCAUCAUCGUCCAAAAGGAGCCCAUCGAACUGAAAGUCAAGCCCACCAACUCUCUCCGCUUGAGGAAGCCACGCAUCAUGCUGCCGGAGAGAACGCCCAGUUCGCACAUGGCGCUGCAGGGGAAUUCCUUGCUCCUGGAGUGUAUUCCGGAGGGGUUCCCCACACCUACCGUGGAAUGGGUCUACAAAGACGGUCUCAUGCCCUUAAAUCGCGCAAUCAUCGAGAACUUCAACCGGACCCUGCGCAUCGAAGACGUGACAGAAGAGGACGAUGGAGAAUACCAGUGCAUCGCUCGCAAUUCGGAGGGCUACACACAGCACACCUAUCACGUUACGGUUGAAGCUGCUCCGUACUGGACCAAAGAGCCACAGAGCCACCUCUACGGGCCAGGGGAGAACGUGCGCCUGCCCUGCGAGGCCUACGGGAAACCCCGACCGGAAAUGGAGUGGAGAAUCAACGGAGUUCCGCUAAAAAAUCUGCCGCCGGACCCGAGGAGGAUGCUGCAGCGUGGAGCUCUCAUCCUUAGCCAAGUGGAGCCCAACGAUACAGCUGUGAUCCAGUGCCUCGCCCAUAACAAGCAUGGCAGCCUCUUGGCCAAUGCCUACAUCUACGUCGUCCGCCUGCCAGCACAGAUCCUGACCCCAGAUGACAUAAGCUACAACGUGGUGGAGAACCAAACCGCCUUCUUGGACUGUGAAACCUUUGGGGCUCCUGGACCUACCAUGAAAUGGUUUACGGAAGACAUGUACCCCGCCCUCGAAAACAACCGGACCUUUGAGUUCACGAACGGAACCCUGCGGCUGGAGCACAUCCAGCUGGAGGAUGCAGGGAGCUAUCGCUGCUUGGCAAAGAACGACCAGAACGAGGUCGCCAUCACCGCUCACCUCACUGUCAAAAGAGCCACCAAGAUUUUGGCAGGGCCCGCCAACGCCAAGACAUUGAAAGGCGACAGUGUGACCUUCCGUUGCGAGGCGUGGUUCGACGAAUCCAUCCCCAAACAUGGGGUCAAGUGGCAACGAGAAGGGCAGGACGUCUGGGAGUCCGACGACACUGACAAGUAUUUCAUCAGCAACACAACCUUGACCAUCACUGACUUGGACUACUCGGACGAAGGAGUGUACAGCUGCGUGGCUUGGACCUCUCUUGAUUCUGUGAAGAAGAGCGCCAGGCUGCUGGUAGCCGGUUUGCCUGGACCUGUGUUCGAUCUGGAAUUAUCAGAACAGCAGGAACGCCAAGUAAAGUUGACGUGGACGCCGGGUGACGAUCACAACAGUCCCAUUCUGCAAUAUUACGUGCUAUUCGAGGAAAGCAUCUUUGACCCGGGCCAAUGGCAUACUUUGACCCACGUGCCUGGCAACCAACCAUGGGCCAAGCUCCAUCUCUCGCCGUACGGGAAAUACCGCUUCCGUGUGCAGGCAGCCAACGCCCACGGGCGCGGGAAUCAAAGCGACAACUCCGAUCUUUACGAGACGAGCCCAGCAGCCCCUGACCUGAAUCCAUCGGAAGUCAAAGGAGAGGGAAAUGAGACCAGUAAUAUGAUCAUCACCUGGAAGCCUUUGCCCCCCAUGGAGUGGAACGCUCCGGAGGUCACGUACCACGUGCAGUGGCGCCCGUUGAACGAGCCAGAGUGGGACGAGGUCGAAGUCGCCGGGCCCCCGGUGGUGGUGACGGGCACUGAGACCUUCUCCCCCUACCUCAUCAAGGUGCAGGCCCACAACCCGUACGGCAGCGGACCUGAACCUGAAAUCGUCAGGGGCUACUCGGGGGAAGCCAGGCCGGAGGCCACCCCGGAAAACGUAGGGGUGGAAGAGCUCAACAGCACCGCUAUCAGGCUUUCCUGGAGUCUGCCGAAUGUCGAGAAGAUUUGGGGCCACCUCAAAGGAUUCAAGGUUUAUUACACCUGGCUAAAGCCGGAGGGAGAGCACAGCUGCCCACAGCCUCCCCCCCACGGUCAUCACCACCAAAACAAACGAGAUCCUCCCCUGCUGGUCGAAGGGAACGUGUCUCAAGUCGUAUUGGGAGUUUUCCGACCUUGGACCCGGUACCAGAUCGAGAUGACUGUGCUCAAUGGGAAGGGGGAAGGGCCCAAAAGCGAAGCUACGGAAGUGACCAUGCUGGAGGGAGUACCCAACCCCCCAGAUGCUGUGACCAUGGAACUCCUACCGAAUAUGACCGUGAACAUUCAGUGGAAGUGCCCAAGAUACCCCAAUGGAGAAAUACUGAAAUACGGAUUGACAUAUCAUCUAGCCAAUGAAACAGAAGGGGAUCUUAUUAUCGAUAUCCCAGAAAGUCUGCAUUCGUACACCAUCGCCGGGCUGGUGCCCAACGCCGACUACAAGUUCUAUUUGUGGGCAUCGACGAAAGCGGGGCCUGGGGAGCCCUACGUCCUCGAGGGGAGCACAAUUCCAGACUCAGUGCUGCUGUCUUUCGAGAACAUCACCGCCGCCGAAGUAGGAGAGAACUUCACCGUCAUCAGGUGGAUCCCACAGGCGAAACGACGAGAUGUAGAGUUUUCGGUCCAUAUCAUGGACAAGACCGAUGGAGAACCGUGGCAAAACGUAGGGAAGGCGGUCUCGAGCAAAGGCGUCUACGUCAUCCCGGACCUGCAGUCGGGCAAAGAGUAUCGUAUCCGGUUUGUGAAAGAGCACCGCAACGGGACCAACGAAACCUUCUGGGAGAAUGAGGUGGAAACCUCUGGCAUCCGUAAGUGAUCCCGGAAGGGCUUUGCUACAGAAGGUUGGUUCAUCGGCUUUGUCACUGCCAUCGUCCUCCUGAUCCUGGUUCUGGUGCUUCUCUGCUUCAUCAAGCGCAGCAAGGGUGGCAAGUACUCGG